CAGUUGUAAAUAAUAGUCUAUGCUUUAUAAGCAACAGUUUAUAAAACAACUGUUGUUAUUUCAACGAUAUCAAGCCAAACUCGAAAAAUUAAAAUGUCGGUAAUUAUAAACUGCGCUGGCUACAUGGCGCUUGUUUAUGAGGCAUCCGCCGCAUUCCUUACCAUGGUUCAGAUGGUAAACUUAUCCAAAAUCAUGAAGUUCGAUAUGGUGGAUGUUAUGAUAUUGUUUGGGGGCAUGUGUAAGAUUUUCUGCUUCGGAGUCUUGGCAGUUGGCAUCAUCAGUAUUUUCAACAAACAGCGUCACAGAUUGAUGGUGAAAAUCUGGUUGCUUAUGGCCUAUGCUCAGAUACAGUGGGGAGACGUUGGAAAAAUGUUUUAUAAUAUGUACGAAUAUGUGUUCACCGAUAAAUACAAAAGCAAGCAGGAGUUUAUGCAGGAGAUAUCUGAUGCAUAUGCCUCACUCAUUGGUCAAGUACUGGCUCGUAUCGGCAUCAUAUUGAUCGUCUAUAGAUUCUUCAAGUCCCUGGAGUUCCCAAUGAAAAUAAAAAUUGUCAAGGUACAGCUUGACCAGAAAGCAGCCGAAUUGAAGGCCAAGUAAGUCAGCAGAUGAAUUAAAUGUUCGAAGCAAGAUUUUUAUUGUUUGUAA